AGGACGUUGACUGUACUUGCUUCUCAGGCUUCAGGCUGCAGCAAGCCGCUGCACUGUGUGCGGGAAGGACAUUUCCUUUUAUUGCAUAAUUAGCCAGAUGCAUUUAGUUUUUGCCUUCCUCUGAAGCAUUAGAAAUUAGCCACCAUCAGGGACAGAGCACAACAGGAAGGAGGAGGGCUGGGGAGAGGGAGAAGAGGUGGUGCGCUCUCCUCGUGGGGGAAAACAAAGAGCUUUUUCCUGAGGUUAGAUGUCUUGAUGGUAAGUCUCUUAUGUAUCCUCAGAAUCAUAUUACUGAGUUUGGGGCUGGGAAGGCCACAGGCUUUGUGGGUUUUCACCUUCCUCUGCAGCGUAGGACAUGGAUCAUCUGCUAAGGGUUGGCUCUCUGAGACUCAUUUAAACAGUUCUUUGCUGGUUUUGUAGCUGCUGUUUUGGGGGUGGUUUGGUUUCUUGUGCUCUUUGUUCACGGUAUGUAAAUCUGAUCUCCUUAAACUAAAGGAUUUCUGUCUUUAUCCAAGUUACUGAGCUCAGUUGCAGGGAAACUGCAUGAAAUUCGAUAAACUGUGAUAUGCAGGAGAUCUGGCUAGGUUAGGGGAAGAGUCUUUUCUCAAACUUUUUGACAGUGGGAAAGCAAUUUUUCCUCAUGGAAGGUGAAGGAGAAGGUAUCCUGAAAAAAUACCUGCAAGAGAAAAGCCUAUUUUUUGUGAGGCGGUUUAAAGGGUAGUUGCACGAAGGCGACCUGCUUGUUCUGACGCUGAAACCGUAGAUGUAAAAGGAAAUUCUGCUGUUACCAUUUGCGUAUUAGGACUUCCUAUGUUUCUAGAUUGCCUUUAAAAAAUGUCAGGUUGAAGGAAGUGAAAUUAAGUUUUCUUUCUCAGUCUUGGGCUGACUGCUGUUACAUGGUGAGACAAGGGAGGUAAGAGCACGGCUAAUUAAAGUGCAGCAGCCCUCCGUUCCCCUUGGGCUAAUUAUUCAGUGGAAAAUGGGUCAGUUACUCUGAGAAAUGGUUUGCCAGCAGGAGGCAGGGAAAGCUUCUGCUCCCACUCUUCACCUUCCUGUCGGGGACAGUACUGCCCGCUCCCGCAGGUGCCCGCGGUACCUUGACGGCUUCCGGAUGCCUAAGCCGUCCCUCGCGGAUGGGGGAACACCACCCGGCCAAACACAACAGUGGUCCCCGCCGUCCUGUCCUGGUGUCCUACAGAGGUGCUCCUGGGCUGGACCCGAGGCAAACGAAAUGAAGUUGAGUGAUGUGAGCAGGAGUUGCACUUUUGGAAGAAAACCUAUGCGUGGAGUACGGUAUUUUUCCUUACUUCUUUCAAAAGAAGCUUCAUCAUCUGAGGAGCUAGUGUUGUCCUAUAUAAAGGUAUUAACUGGUUGUGGCUGUGAUUAGUGUGGGUUUGUAAAUCAUCCCAUGCUAUUUCUCACAUCUGCUUCCUGUAUGUGUUUUAGUGUUCUCUGGUGGCUCUAGUGCCUGCGCAUGUAUUAGCUCUGCAGACUCCGUACAGACUGGAUAGGGGAGCAGAGGGCCAAUUUGCCUUGUACAUCAGAAAUAAAUUAGUUUUUUUCUUUUAUUUUAUUUAUUUAUUUUUUUUAAACAUUUAUAGGAUGAUACAUGAGGCAGGAGUAUCCAGAUGGUUUCCGAGCUCUUAGGUAAAAGUGCUUGUGCAAGCAACCAGAAAGAGUCCUGACGGAGAGCCAGAUCGGGCAAAGGCUUUGGCUCCGCAGGAACAAAUUACCGGCAUCUGUGCCAGUUCGGGACAACGUGCUCUUUCUGGUUAGCUGUAGUGCUGCAUUCCUGUUGGAACUGAUACGUCCAAUAAUGCUUAUUACAAGCCAGCUCCUGUGCACCUCACUGUCCAGCUAAAACAAGCAUAGGAGAAACUUAUAUUGAGGUGUGCACUGCAUUUUAAUGUGUCCUAAUAGGCUACAGAAAAGCUAGGCUGCAUUAGGAAUUUGUGUUUGCAGGAAUAGCUGAAUGAGAAUACCUACCUACUGCUAAUUGAGAGAUACCCAACUAUAGCUUGUAUAAGAGAAAAACAUUUUAUGGUAUCCUUGCUUUUGUGCUAGAUUUUAGCAGUGUCAGUGCCUAAGAGUUUACCACCACCUUAUUUCAAGACUCCCCCGCCCCCACAGACUUCUGUCAAAGCUGGAUUACACCACAGAGACAAUCUUCUGCGUGCUGUCUUGCUUUCGUUGCGUAAGAUCAGGGCUGUAGUAGGCAUUAGAUAAGCAUCGGUAGCAUAAACAGGCAGAGCUGUUGCUUGACUCCUUCCUUGCCGGACCUCCGCUCCCAAGCGCGGCGUGUGUUGAAGGUACCCUCCGUGAAGGAGACUGGGAAGCGCCGCUCGGCCCCGUUCGGCGGCUCGCGAGGAGCGCGAGGCGUUGGCGAAGGGAGAAGCUCUCUCGAGCGUGAACGGCUGUGACACAGUGCUGCGUGUACCGCGAAGGGCCCUCCGGGGAUGGGGACUCUGUUUUGUUUUGUUUUUCACCCAGAAUACACAUGCAGAAAAGGGUGAGGCUCGUUCAGCUCUGCCCAUUUCAUCCCGGCCGAGAAAUCUCGGCCAGGGGGUUGCGGCUAUGGAGAGCUCUAGACGGUGUCGUUUCUACCCGCUUACGGGAGCGUGUGCCUGUAGCACUGUGUACUUUGCAGUUCCCUCCUCUGCUGAAAGCCAGGCUUGCAUAACCUACAGGAUACUCUUUUUUUUUCUUUUUAUUUAUUUUUUUUAUCAGGCAAGGUUUAUGAUAAGGAUGUUUCAGUUAAGUUCGAGAGGAAGAAUUAUUUCUUUGUUUGGUCAUUUGUGGCAUUCAAAAUGCGUAUAGAAUUUUCCCUAGUGGCAUGAUGGAUACCGUGUGAUUGGGUUUAUUUUGAUCCAGCAGUUCUUUCCAAGGCAGAUCUCCCAGUUAAGCCUUUAAUUGGAAAGGCACUUGCACAAGAGCUGCAGGAUAUAGGGCACAGUUUAUAAGAUGCUCUAAUAUCCACCAGAAAGAGUGGAGCUGCUAAAGGUAAUGUAACAAUUCCUCAGCAAUAUGGGACUUCACUCUUGGUGCUUUGGGUUUUCCAUUGCUGCUUAAUACUUUCCCAUGGAGAUGAGAUAUGGUGUUUCCGAAGCAGCAGCUUCAGUCGCUUGAGCUGUCAGAGACCAGCGUCAGGAGCGCUCCAGGCACCUGAGUUCAUGUUCUGCGCAGUUGGAGAUGGAGGCGCCUGUAUAAAAAAGCCAGUUUAUUACAUUAUAUUGGCUUAUAACUUGUGGAUAUGCAAAAAAUCAACUUCUAGAAUGCGAGUCCUUGUGUUAGUGAAUUACGUCCUUUUGGAAGUGAUACCUCAGGUUGAUGUUUGUAUUAAUGAGAUAUUAUUGCUCACCAUAAAGGCAUCUAAAAGCAUAGUUCUUUCAUAGAUUAGCUGGAGUAUAAUUAGUUUUUCAAAGAUUGGAUCAAUAAGUAGAACAAUGCUGAUUUCUACAAAUGUCAUGUAUGCACGUGCACUUGUUCCGAUUCCCACUUGAUUUUCAUAGUAAGAGCUGCAAAAGUUGGGCUAUGCUAUUUCUUGUUGUAGGCUCCCCCCAGCAGCUAUCAGCAUAGAAGACAGGAAGGUGUCAUAUUCUGAUGGGAGAAACGUAAUUUUCAUGAUCUUAGAUUUUUUUUCUGGAAGACAAGGACUGGGCGAUGUCCUGACAACGGUUAGAAUUUGCUACGCUUUCCACUAGGGCUUAGCAACAUUUGGAGUACUAAAAGGCUGUAAAUGCUAACACCAGCACUUCCCCAGCAUCUUUCGACUGAGAAUCUCUCUAUUCUUAAUGAAUUCUCACUAUGUCUCUCUGAGACAGACUGCAGGAUAACAACAACAAAAAAUGAAGCUCUUGGCAAUUAUUCUAACUGCAUUUCUCCUUUUGACAACAAAUGAUCACAGAUCAUUUGCAGAUACUGUAGUUCUGUGGGGGUGCAGGCAUCUGCCCGAGAUCCUUCAGCUGUUGGGUGGCAGCGAGGCUUUUAAAAGAAAUCAGAAGCUUUGGAGGUCUGAAAAUGUGAUUCUCGAGGCUUUGUCAGAAGCUUUCAGUAGAGCUGGUGGACUGACCCAGACACGCUUGGAGAAGGAUGUGCCAAACCAUCCAUGCUUGGCUUCUUUGGGUAGCUGAAAGUUGUUGCUUUGCAGACUUGGUUCUGUGAUUUUUUUAUCUGUCUAUUCAUUUAUUUAUUUUUCAGAAGAGAGACAUUUCCUUUAGGAGGAGGAGACUGUGUGGCAGUAGCAUGCCUAAGGAAGGCUGUCUGGUCAGCGUAUUAGCUGUUGGUCACACGCAUCUGGCCUGAAAACAGCAGGCAUCUGAAGCUGCUUGGACCUGCUGGAGUCAACCUGGUCGAUCCACGGAUGCUGUAAACUGGGAGCUGACCAAAGAGUGGGAGAACUCCGGGAUUCCUCCCCAGAAAAGCUCUGACUACUGGUUUGCUCUUGAAAAUGUGUGAAAAUGGGGAAAUGAUAUGAAGAUUCAAGGUGGCACCUGAAGCGGCUAAGGUUUUCAGUGCUCAGUUCAUCUCAUCUAAUUCAUAUUGGACUCAGCAAAGUGCUGUUCUUCAAAGGAGCAAGAAGAUGAUGUGUGCUCCUUUUGGGAUGCUUGAUUUUUCUACUGGCAAUUGCUUCUGAGUGCCUGCUGGGGUGCUUGCAGAAGAAUGGCUGCGGCAGAACCACUGACCGCUUUCUCACGGUGGUACCUCUAUGCCAUUCAUGGUUAUUUCUGUGAGGUGAUGUUCACAGCUGCCUGGGAGUUUGUGGUCAACUUUAACUGGAAGUUCCCAGGUGUUACCAGUGUGUGGGCACUCUUCAUUUAUGGCACCUCCAUCCUCAUUGUGGAGAAGAUGUAUCUGUAUCUCAAGGACAAGUGUAACAUUUUAGUGCGCUGCCUCAUUUACACUCUUUGGACAUACCUCUGGGAGUUCACCACUGGCCUCAUUCUACGCCAGUUCAAUGCCUGCCCAUGGGACUAUUCCCAGUUUGAUUUUGACUUCAUGGGCCUGAUCACCCUGGAGUAUGCCAUCCCAUGGUUUUGUGCUUCUUUCAUCAUGGAGCAGCUGGUGAUCAGAAACACCCUGCGCUUACGAUUUGAUGAGACUGCUGAGCCAGGGGCCCCAACUGUCCCUGUUGCCUUGGCCAACGGCCAUGUGAAGACUGAUUGAGUAGUGACUCAGAGCCGCUCUUAGCAAUCUGAGAGAGCCUAGACCUCUGCUACAGACUGUCAGCUCUGGCUUUGAGGUACUGCUCUUUCCUGUAUGAUAAGAUUCAUAAACCCCCUUUUUUCUAAUGGGGGUGUGCAUGGGAUAUACCAGAAAAAAAAAAUGGAACCAAUAGAUUUUUCUAUGGAUUUUACUCUUUGGGCUCCAAGGACCAAUGUCAGCUACUUGUUAGUUAGGUCAUUUCUGAUUUUAACUUAUUACUGAUGAAAGCAGUUCUUUUGCUUACACUUAUGUGGAGAAAGAAGAAAAAAAUACUACAGUGGAAAUGCAUACAAAAAGAGAAAAAACAGUUAGUUGAUGAACAUGGACACGCCACCUAAGUUAGUGAUUGGCUUACUCCAUUAGGCAAUAUUCAGGUGCUUGCUUGCAACCAAUACCUCCCAUGGGACCUGAGAUGCUGCAGGAACAAGGAAAGUCCAUCUGCUGUUGAGAAGAACCUAAGACUGGCAGUCUGCUGGGGAGGUAGAUGGUGUUCCCCUUUUGAGGUCCCCUUGGCCUCCCCCCCAGGUUCUUUAUUGCACCACAAUAUAUUCUGGUGCUGGACAUCUUGAUGAAUUUAUACAAAUCUUGUACUUUUUGAAGUAUCAGUCCUGAUACUCACUACAGAACUUUUUUUUUUUUUUUUUUUU